UGCAUUUGSUUUCUUACUCUGGUGCUUGUUGGCCCUGUGUCUCGCUUUUUAACUUUUUUACUUUUUCGUGCUCUAUACGCCUUGAGCCAUGUCCGGGCGCGGGAAGCAGGGCGGGAAGGCGCGCGCCAAGGCCAAGUCGCGCUCGUCGCGGGCCGGGCUGCAGUUCCCCGUGGGCCGCGUGCACCGCCUGCUGCGCAAGGGCAACUACGCGGAGCGCGUGGGCGCCGGCGCGCCGGUGUACCUGGCGGCCGUGCUGGAGUACCUGACGGCCGAGAUCCUGGAGCUGGCGGGCAACGCGGCCCGCGACAACAAGAAGACGCGCAUCAUCCCCCGCCACCUGCAGCUGGCCAUCCGCAACGACGAGGAGCUCAACAAGCUGCUGGGCAAGGUGACGAUCGCGCAGGGCGGCGUGCUGCCCAACAUCCAGGCCGUGCUGCUGCCCAAGAAGACCGACAGCCAYAAGGCUAAAGCCAAGUAAACUUCCUGACUAACAACCAAAAGGCUCUUUUCAGAGCCACCCACGUCUUUCUAGAAAGAGCAGAAACACUAUUUUUAUGAYACCUGUGAACAAAAUUUUGGGGGGAGGUUUUCUGAUACAUGGAUUAUGUUUCUUUAGGUUCUGUUGGUAGUCUGUAACUUCCUGCCUUUAGAAGUCAACGUACUUAUGUAAGCGUGUGUCAGUUUACCUUUUUGAAAAAAUAAAAGUUAAUGGUUGAGACUGAUAAAAUCAGUCACUGCUGUAUGAUUCAAGAAGAGAU